CUCGCCGGCGAAGACAGGAGGUGCCGCGGCGCAGCCCGGCGCCGACUCAACCGAAACUUGAGUGCAGUGGUGGCCGCAUCCGCAGAGAAUGAGGAUGUGCGGCCGCUCCUGUGGGCCGCCGCCGUCGCUGCUGCUGCUGCUGCUCCUGCUGCUGCUUGCGGUGCCGGGCGCUGGCGCGGCCGGGGUCUCGGCGCUCUACUCGCCUUCCGACCCGCUGACGCUGCUGCAGGCGGACACGGUGCGAGAUGUAGUGCUGGACUCCCGUAGCGCCUGGGCGGUGGAGUUCUUCGCUUCUUGGUGCGGACAUUGCAUCGCCUUCGCCCCGACGUGGAGGGCGCUGGCCAGAGACAUCAAAGACUGGAGGCCAGCCCUGAAUCUCGCCGCCCUGGACUGUGCUGAUGAGAACAACAGCGCAGUCUGCAGAGACUUCAACAUCCCUGGCUUUCCAACUGUGAGGGUGUGUGGUGAGAAGGGGUCAGCGGGCGGGGUGUUUCCUUUGUCUGGUGCCGAUGUGCAGAUGCUGCGGGAGAGGCUCAUUGACACCCUGGAGUCCCAUCGUGACACGUGGCCCCCUGCCUGUCCCCCACUGGAGCCUGUCAAGUUGGCGGAGAUUGAUGGAUUCUUUGCAAAAAACUCCGAAGAGUACCUGGCCUUGAUCUUUGAGAAGGAAGACUCCUACAUAGGUAGAGAGGUGACUCUGGACCUGUCCCAGCACCAAGACAUAGCAGUACGCAGAGUCCUGCCCACGGAGGACAAUGUGUUGAAAAAGUUUGGUGUCACCAGCUUCCCAUCUUGCUACCUGCUGUUUCGAAAUGGCUCUGCCUCCCGAGUGCCCGUGCUGAUGGAGUCCAGGUCCUUCUAUACCACUUACCUGCAGAGGCUCUCCGGGCUCACCAGGGAGGCUCCUCAGACCACAGCUGCGCCAAUCCCUGCCACCUCCAUAGCUCCCACUGUUUGGAAGAUUGCGGAUCGCUCCAAGAUCUACAUGGCUGAUCUGGAAUCUGCCCUACACUAUAUCCUGCGGGUAGAAGUGGGCAAGUUUUCUGUCCUGGAGGGGCAGCGCCUGGUGGCUCUGAAAAAUUUUGUGGCAGUACUAGCCAAGGACUUCCCUGGCCAGCCCCUAGCCCAGAACUUCCUGCACUCCCUGAAUGAGUGGCUCCAGAGGCAGCAGAGAAAGAAAAUUCCCUACAGCUUCCUUAAAACUGUUCUGGAUGACAGGAAGGAGGGUACUGUUAUUGCCAAGAAGGUGAACUGGAUUGGCUGCCAGGGGAGCGAGCCCCAUUUCCGGGGUUUCCCCUGCUCCCUGUGGGUCCUCUUCCACUUACUGACUGUGCAGGCAGCGCGGCAAAAGGUAGACCGGCCACAGGAUAUGGCCAAGGCCCAGGAGGUCCUCCAAGCCAUCCGCGGCUACGUUCGCUUCUUUUUCGGCUGCCGAGACUGCGCUGCCCACUUUGAGCAGAUGGCUGUUGACUCCAUGGACCGGGUGGGCAGUCUGAAUGAUGCCGUCCUCUGGUUUUGGUCUAGCCACAACAGGGUCAAUGCUCGCCUUGCAGGUGCCCCCAGUGAAGACCCUCAGUUCCCCAAGGUGCAGUGGCCGCCCAUCGAACUCUGCUCUGCCUGCCAUAAUGAGCUGCAUGGUGUCCCUGUGUGGGACGUGGCCGCCACCCUCAGGUUCCUCAAGGCCCACUUCUCCCCAAGCAACAUCGUGCUGAAUGCCCCUCCAGCAAGGUUGGCGCCCCGGAGCAGCACGCAGAAUGUGACAGCUGCCCCAGAGCUGCUGAUGGAAGCCCUAAAGCUGAAAAGUGGGAAUUCACCUCUGGACCCUGAGGAGGCUGAGGUAGUCAGAUUCCUGGGAGUCACUGUCCCAGAUGUUCUAGCAGAGAAACCUGAGGCAAGCCACUCCAUGGAGCUGCAUGCCAGCCCAAAGCCCAUACCGGCAGAGCCCCAGAGGGGGCCCCCUGAGCCCGUGGCAGGGCCUCAGGGGGGUGAGGUGGGGCAGCAGCAGAGGCUGCGGCAUCUGAGCAAACGAGACUCAGGGGCUGCGUUACUCGCCAAGCCCUGGGCUGAGAAGAACCACCCCAGGGGCCCUUUAGGGCUCAGACACAUAGGCCACAGCUCCAAGCAACUGGCAGAUGACCCUGCUGGGGAGUUGGAGGCCCAAGCCCGGAGGGGCCGUGGCCAGUGGCUACAGGUUCUGGGGGGGAGCUUCUCCCACCUGGACAUCAGCCUCUUAGUAGGGCUCUACUCUCUGUCCUUUAUGGGCCUGCUGGCUGUGUACACCUACUUCCGGGCCAAGGUGAGGGCUCUGAAGGCCCACGCUGGCCACCCUGCAGCCUGAAGUGCCCACCUUGGGAGGGACUCAGAGCAGAAGCUACCAUCCAUGGAGCUCUUUUAGACCCUGCUCUGCCCUCCCCUCCUAUCCCCUGCUCCUGUCCAACCUAGCAGAGUGGGAAGUCCAGGAAGACCAUUUGGUCCAGUGAACCCUCUUAGGUCUGCUGGGAGGGAGAGUCCCACAGACAGAAAAGAGAGGUUUAUCUGACAGCACUGAGAAGCUGCCGUGGGCAGUGAGCGUAGAGAGCCUCAGUUGCUGGCCCUGGCACCAAAUCCCUAUUUUUCAGCUUAUUUGAAGUCUUGCCCCAUCCUCACUGGAGGCUCAAUCUCUCCUGCUUGUUCUUUGCCCUAAAUUGGGCCAAGUGAAGCCAGAGGAGGGUCUUCUAGGCUGGGUAGGCUGGAGUAGAAGUCCUUACCCCAUUCCAGGCCACCAUCCAUCCUGCUGCCUUCUGGACACAGAGGCCUUGGCACCAAAGAAAGACAGACCACCUCUGGCUCUCUAUGAUCUGCCCAGCCUCUAGUUCCACAGACCUCCCUGAUGGAUGGGGGGUGGGGUGGGGGAGUCUGGAAGCUUCUGGAAAUCAUGCUGAUCUCCCAGGUGGCAGGUAACAGUUGCCAGGCAGUUGUGGGGUGAGUGGCUUGGCAGGACCCAGGCAGGUGUUGCAGGGAAUGAUGCUGGGCUCAGCUCUGAGAAGUGGAGGGAGACAGAAGGAAGGGGUGGUUAUGUUGAAUGUGCUUUGGCUUCUCCCACUAAGCUCUGCCCUCUCCGCGCUGGUCUUUCCUCUUUUUAUUUUGGUCUCCAAAGUAGAUGCUGGGUGCUGAGCUGAAGAUAAGAUAGCAAGGUGGGUGUCGUCCUUUCCCAGGUCCCACCUCCCAGUGCACAGAGGUUAGGAGGGCCAGGGGAGGGCAGCGCUAUACACAUGCUUGAUUCCCACUCUACCCCACUGCUUGGGAGCCUUGUGGAAUAAAUUAUUUUUGCUAAGGCAA